AUGAUGAGAGAAGCAGACUGGUGAGGGAGAGUGGGCAGCAAAGCACCUUUCAGGAGGAACUGCUGGGAUCAGUUUUAGAGGAACCACCAGGAAUCUGUCUGCUUCAUUCCAAAGGAACGCAUGCAGAGUGUUCUUGUUCUCCCAGUCUGUAUUCCUGCUGGGGCUGUAUUCCUACAGAAGAGAAGACUGAGCCUGAUGCCUAAUAGUGCCACAGCUUCUCCUGCUGUCCUCAGAACUCAGGCUCCACUGCUGGGCACACCUGCAAAGAGCCUGCAGCAAAAGCCAUGGCUCCCCUACAUCACAGGAUUUUGAUCAAAGGGGGGAGAGUGGUGAAUGAUGACUACUCGCAGCUGGCUGAUGUGUAUGUGGAGGAUGGAAUAGUGCGGGCAGUGGGACCACACCUGCAGCUUGGGGCACCUGCUGGGCUCCUAGUUAUAGAUGCUUGCAACAGACUGGUGCUGCCUGGGGGGAUUGAUACCCACACACACAUGCAGUUCCCCUUCAUGGGCACCCAGUCCAAAGAUGACUUCUACCAGGGAACAAAGGCUGCUCUCGCGGGAGGCACCACUAUGAUCAUUGACUUUGCAAUACCUCAGAAAGGCUGUUCCCUUGUUGAAGCUUAUGACACGUGGAGGAGCUGGGCAGAUCCUAAAGUCUGCUGUGAUUAUGCACUGCAUGUGGCAGUUACAUGGUGGAGCAGCAAGGUCAAGGAAGAAAUGAGAAUUCUUGCUGAAGACAAAGGGGUCAACUCCUUCAAGAUGUUUAUGGCCUACAAAGAUCUGUAUAUGAUUGGAAAUUGUGAACUAUAUGCAGCUUUUUCCCAGUGUAAGCAAAUUGGAGCAAUUGCUCAGGUCCAUGCAGAGAACGGGGAUUUGAUUGCAGAGGGUGCAAAGAAGAUGUUAGCACUGGGGAUAACUGGCCCUGAGGGACAUGAACUGUGUCGUCCCGAAGAGGUGGAAGCAGAAGCCACACUGAGAGCAAUCACCAUAGCAAACGCAGUGAACUGCCCUCUUUAUGUCGUUCAUGUAAUGAGCAAAUCUGCAGCAAAGGUGAUAGCUAAUGCACGAAGAGAAGGGAAGGUAGUAUAUGGUGAGCCUAUUGCUGCUAGUCUUGGCACAGAUGGCACUCACUACUGGCAUAAAGAAUGGCAUCACGCCGCAGGAUAUGUCAUGGGACCGCCACUGAGGCCAGACCCUUCAACACCUGAUUUCCUCAUGAACUUACUGGUCAAUGAUGACCUAACUGUGACAGGGACUGAUAACUGCACCUUUGACAUCUGCCAGAAAGCUCUGGGGAAGGAUGAUUUCACUAAGAUCCCUAAUGGAGUGAACGGUGUAGAGGACAGGAUGUCUGUCAUAUGGGAAAAAGGAGUGCACAGUGGUAAAAUGGAUGAAAACAGAUUUGUAGCUGUUACCAGCACAAAUGCAGCUAAAAUCUUUAACCUCUACCCGAGGAAGGGAAGAAUUGCUGUGGGUUCUGAUGCUGACAUUGUUAUUUGGGACCCAAAAGCUACAAGGACUAUAUCUGCAAAGACACAUCACCAUGCCAACAAUUUCAAUAUAUUUGAAGGAAUGAUCUGCCAUGGGCUCCCAGUUGUGACAAUUUCAAGAGGCAAAGUGGUGUACGAAGAUGGAGUUUUCAAUGUCACAGCAGGAGACGGAAAAUACGUUACACGUAAACCAUUCCCUGAAUAUGUCUACAAAAGAAUCAAGCAGCGGGAUGAGCAGUUGCUGGGAAAGUAUGUGCUGCAGAAAGCUUGGGAGAGUGGUGAACCCAGAAAACCUUCUGUCAUGCAUGGAGCCACUGGGGACCAGUAGAAGCUUUCAUGAGUGCAGGAAGAUUUUUCUCCCCACCCUGCUUCCAUGUAUGGACUAAGCAGGAGCGAAAGUCAGCUCAGAGGCUGAUGGUGUUUGCCACCCAUCUAUGAAUACGGCAGCUUUAAUAGAGGUACAAAAGAGGCAUGGUAGGGGCUGUGCUGCUAGAUCUGACAGCUAAGAAUCCUGACUUCUGCUAUAAAAACAGUCCCUGAGUCACUUACUAGCUUCUGUGAAAAUAAGCUCUUGCUAGGCCUAUCAGGUCCUAUGCCUGUGGAUAGCAAUGUAGAGAUCUCUAAGCAGGGUAGUCAAUAGGGACAUUCAGGAGGAACUAAGAUGGAUUCCCACUACUCAGACAUGUUUUGAGAUGGCAGCGGCAGCAGGGCAGUAUUGCUGAAAUGUUUGUUAUAACUCUCUUCACCUCUGAUGAGUGGAAACUUCAAACGUGUAGAACCUGCAGAUUCUUGCAGUCUGCCCCACUCUUUGGGUCCUGCUGUCAGUUACAGAGCCACUGUAUUUUCUUAUUAACAUCUUUUGCUAUUUGGGUGGAGGACAGAAGUGUGGAAAGAUGGCCAGAGGGAAUAGGAGAAGCUAAACCUUUGCAUGUAAAAAUAGUAAUUUGCGUUGAUAGGCUGCCUUUCAUCCAAGGCUCUAAAAGCCUCACACCACAUACAUGUGAGGCAGGUAGAUCUCAUUACACUGAUUGUAUGAUUCUGGGAUCUGUGAAUGUUCAACACCUCUGCACAUCAGGCGACUGUCUAAGCUAAUUAAAUAAAGAGUUGAUCUCAAGUUUAAAAGUGUUGGCCUUGGUGACUUGCCCAAGGUGACAGUCAAACAGCGACUCUGUGAUAAUCAAAACUAGAACCUGGGAGUCAAGACUGUCAGUCAGCUGGAUAGCAUAAGUAUGCCCAGAAUUUUCAAACAUCCUUUGGGCUCAGGAGUUGUCUGAAGGUGGCCUUGCUGAGUUCAGAAGGCUGCAAAUCAUUACAGGAAUUGUUAGUGAUUUUUCCAAAAACAGAUGUUUUCACACUGUGAUACAGACAGUAGCUUUAUGAGUUAUAUAAAAAAAUGUAUGGAAACUGAGCUCUCUAAACCAUGAAAGUAUAUUAUCAGUGAAAAACAUAUAAUCUUUGUAGGCUCCCUGCACACAUUUUUGUGGCAGAAAAAAUAAGGAACCUACAUUUCAUAGCUUUACCACAAAACUUCCCCUUUCUAUUUGGAUUUCUUCAGCUUUAUGCCAGAGUUUGUACUCCUUACAGGGAGGAGUCCUUGGGUUGUUUGUCAUUAAUGAAGGGAUGAGAUUUCUAUGAAUUUAUAUAUGUUUUAAAUGUAAUUAGCUUUCUAACUAAUGUAUAGAUUUCAUCAUGAAUACCAAACUGUGCUUUUAUUCACUGACUAUAACUGGGUUAUGAAACAUUACAAUUUUCAGAAUUUUUGUUAUUUUAAACAAUUUGGUAAAUUCUAUAUGAAUCUGCAAAAUGCCAGUCAAUCCAAAUUUGCAUGUUUUUUUUGUUUUUUUUUUAAUGAAGAAAAAACCUUUCACCAGGCUCUACUCCCGAUACAUUGAUUUCAUAGGCAUCAGCAGUGAGAGAAUUCCGGGUCUCCUGCUCUUAAAGUAGGUAACCCCUAUGACUUGAACUAAAGGAGAAUCUCCACUGACAAUUGUCAUAUUAUGGUGUAUAUCUUUUCAGACCACCGAGGGCAGUUCUGAUAUUACAUAUCCAGUGGACGGAAGUUGGUCACAAGGACAUUAGGCAGUACAUUACAUACUUUCUACUCCUUUAUAGCCUAUUAUGAUCCCCUCAUUAAGGUAACACCCUGACUCACAGGCUUAUUUUAAUAACCGCAAAUUAAUUUGUUUACCCUGAUUUUUAGAACUUUGCAAAAUUCAGAGAUUCCAAGGCCAUAAGAGACCAUUGUGAUCAUCUAGUCGAACCUCCUGUAUAACACAGGCUAUAGAGCUUUCCCCAAAUAAUUCCUAGAGCAGCAUAUCUUUUAGAAAAAACAAUCAAAUUAUUUGUAAAAAUUGUUAGUGAUGAUACAGAAUCCACCAUGAGCCUUGGUACAUUAUUCCAGUGAUCAAAUACUUUCACUGUUAACAAAAUAUGCCUUAUUUCCAGUCUGAAUCUGUCUAGCUUCAAUGUCUAGCCAUUGGAUGUUUAUAAUGUAAAACAAAACUGGAGGCUUUUUAUAAUGUUUAAUUUCUUAGCAUAUAACUGCCUCUGGGCAAUUUAGACUGUACUGAAAACAAAGUGAGUUAGCAUGUCACAAUAUUUGCAAGGCAGGAGCAGAGUAAGAGCCCAGUGUAAGCCCUGCAUCCUCACAUCUACAAGACCUAGCCCACCCACACAAAAUUCAGCAACAACACUAACAGAGAAACAAAGACUUUAGCCUGGCCUUCAAGGAAGUCAAAGCUGGAGUGUGGCAUAUUUAGUAGUGAGGGGAGAGCUAUACAGACUCAGACCAUUGAUGGUUAAUGCCCUUCUGAAUCCCCGUUCCCCUCACCUAAAUCAUGCCAGUCUCAAGAGUCAAUAAACAAUCAGGUCAGCUUUUCAUUAAUUUUGUAAACAGUAAUUGAUUUGAUUUGGGGAUUUUUCACAGUAAACUAAGCGCCUUCCUUACUGACAAAGGGUGUCUGAAAAGGGAAGCUGAGUGCUGGAGCAUCAGGUGAAAGAGAAGGGAAGGAUGAAUCAAAGGGAAAAUCCAGCCGUCUGGUUCAUUCUUUCUGUCUGAGUCUUGGCUGUGUGAGCUGUACUUCUGGGACUCACUAUGAGAGAGAGGAUGGAGUGGGUGGUCACAAGCAGCAGUGAGAGAAAUGCUAGGAAGUAAAUCCAUUAACAAUUGGCUGCAAAUAAAUAAAGCCCUUAAUUUCACAUUUACACUGAGUGAAUCAAUGUUGAGUUGAAAGAAAAAAAUAAUGUCUUGCAUUCGGAAAAAC